AUGGCGGACGAUAAAAUCAACUGGUGCAAUCUCCCACCGCGUCUGAUCCCGCACAUCUUCAAGCACUUCACGCGCUUGGACGACUACCUCCGCGCCCGCUUCGCCUGCAAGAAAUGGUCUUCGAACCUCCCCCUCACCCAAUCCGUUCUCCGCCCGCAGCCGCCGUUGCUGAUGCUCCCCUCCCUCCCCGACAACACCGACGCGGCGCGCCCCUUCGUCGACAUCCCCGUCCGCCGCGCCCGCCUCAUCCCCUUCCCGCUCCCGCACCCGGACACCCACUGCUUCUCCACCUCCCACGGCUGGCUCUUCUUUCUCGGCCACUCUCCCACCCUCUCCCUCUUCAACCCCGUCACCCGCCAAACCGUCUACCUCCCCAGCCUCUACACCCUCCCCAACGGCCUUCUCCGAUACCAGCCGAAGAUCAACGCCGAGUACGUCGUCCGAUCCGACUACCCUGCCGACGAAGAAGUCGAGCUCCCGCGCAAGGCCCUCAUCCGCUUCGCGGUCCUCUCCGCCGAUCCAGCUGCUGAUCCCGAAUUUGAAGCGCUCAUCCUCCUCCACCGCGUCCACAAGUUCGUCUUUCGAUUCCGGAAAUGCCUCGGCGAGGCCGCCAAGAGCAACCAUUCGUGGACUCCGGUGGCGAUCAAUGUCCCCGACCCGCCUUUCUUGGUCCGAGACAUCAUCUACGCCCGAGGAUUUCGUUGCGUCUUCGCCAUCGGCACUGGGAACAAGUCCCUCCUGGUCCUCUCUUUCCCCGACGGCAGCUCCAACGCCGACGCUAUCGUGACUGAAAUGCCCGAUCUGCCGGACUCCACGGACUCGUACCUGGCGCUGACGCCCAAGGCCGGCGGCUGGAUGCUCGUCACGCGGCACGAGCGCUUGGAUGCGAUAGGCACGGGGAUCCGGCACUUCCGCGUGUUCCUCAUCGAAGACGGAGGUCAGGAGGCUUUAGUGACGGUGAAGGAGGCCGUCAACAUGGCCGAAUACGCCGUGUUCGUCGGGCCCGGCAGCUCCGUGUGCGUAGACACCGCGUUUUUCCCCGAGUACAAGGCGAACCGCGUGUACUUCAUCCACGACUACUACAAGACAGCGGCAGGGUGGUGUCUGGUCGGCGAGACUGUCGGCCGGUACGACCUGCAGCUGCCGAUCAGCUUGCUGUUCCGGUCGUUGGGCCCGGCGAUGUGGUUCACUCCGAGCUUGAGAGCGCUGGAUUCUUCAGAGUAUUGGAAAACGCACUAG